UGGUGUGUGCUUUACUCCGUUUCUUGCCAUGUCUUCUCACAAGACUUUCAGGAUUAAGCGGUUCCUGGCCAAGAAACAAAAGCAAAAUCGUCCCAUUCCCCAGUGGAUUCGGAUGAAAACUGGUAAUAAAAUCAGGUACAACUCCAAAAGGAGACACUGGAGAAGAACCAAGCUGGGUCUGUAAGAGAUCACACAUGCGAUGGCACACAUAUUCAUGCUGUCCCAAGGUCACAAUCGAGUGUUACUAAACCAAGCU